CACCCCUGGGCGGCCGCCGCCCGCCCGCCGCCUUCCGACGUGAUCCCCUGUGGGCCCCGGGAUAAAGCCCUGAACCUCGCCUGCUGAAAGCCAGUGACCCGCGGCCCCAGGCGGACGAGGCUGGCUUCUCGGCGGGCAGCGAGGGCGGCGAGUCCCGGGGGUCAAACAGAAAUAUGGCUCUCAGCCUGAAUGCAGCAAAGAAAUUGCUCAUUUUCUUAGGAAAAUCACUGCUUGCUCUUCUAAAGUCUGUGGUUUUUGCCUUCAUCCCAAAGUCACGGAAGAACAUUGCUGGUGAAACCAUACUCAUAACAGGCUCUGGUAGUGGACUUGGAAGGCUCUUAGCCCUCAAAUUUGCCCAGCUUGGAUCUGUGGUGGUUCUCUGGGAUAUCAACCAGGAGGGGAAUGAGGAAACGUGCAGAAUGGUUCGGGAAACUGGCGCCUCAAGAGUGUACGCCUAUACCUGCGAUUGCAGUAGAAGGGAGGAAGUAUACAGAGUGGCUGAUCAGGUUAAAAGAGAAGUUGGUGACGUUUCCAUCCUAGUCAACAAUGCUGGAAUCGUAACAGGCAAAAAGUUCCUCAACUGCCCAGAUGAGCUUAUGGAAAAGUCUUUCGAUGUGAAUUUCAAAGCACAUUUAUGGACUUACAAAGCCUUUCUGCCUGCUAUGAUAGCUAAGAAGCAUGGGCAUUUGGUUUGCAUUUCAAGUUCAGCUGGAUUAGUUGGAGUAAAUGGACUGGCAGAUUACUGUGCAAGUAAAUUUGCAGCCUUUGGAUUUGCUGAAUCUGUAUUUGUAGAAACAUUUGUCCAGCAACAAAAGGGGAUCAAAACAACUAUUGUGUGCCCAUUUUUUAUAAAAACAGGAAUGUUUGAAGGUUGUACUACCGGGUGUCCUCUUUUGUUACCAAUUCUAGAACCAGAAUAUGCAGCCAGAAAGAUACUAGAUGGUAUCCUGCAAGAAAAACUCUACGUGUAUAUACCAAGGUUUUUAUACUUAGUGAUGUUUUUUAAAAGUAUCUUGCCCCUCAGGAUGCUACUGCUUAUGGCUGACUAUCUGGGCAUCUUUUAUUCAAUGGAUAACUUCAGUGGCCCAAAGAAAAAAGACUAAAGACCAACUCUGUGGCUAAUAUCAUCUGAUAUUCAACAUUACAUAAUUAUAUCAGUGAAGAAAAGUAUGGAUGACAGCAUAUAUCUGGAAACUGCCAGUACCAGUCUUCUUCUGCUAUCUGGACUAAUAUUUUCGACCAAUACCUUUGAAAAUAAUCUUGCUCUCUGAUUCUUUGUUCUUGUUUUUUAAAUUAAAAAGCUGCCCGUUUUUUUGUCAUU